GGUUUCCACCCACACCUCACCAGUUACACUUUUUGAAAGACAUUCACAUUUUAGAGAGUAUAAAGGAAACGGUUUACAUUAAAAAUGAAGAAACAAUGUUAAACAGAAAAAAUGUCUUUGGGUUCUGUCUUUCAAACACCUACUACUGGGCAACCAUGACUCUUCAUCUAUAGGUGGCCUCAUAGCCAUUCAUGCUUUGAAUCGUGUGAAUGAAACUCCUCACGUGUUAACCAGGCCUUUGUAGACAUUUGGCCAGUGAAAGUGAACCAAACAAAUUGCAGGUAAUCAAAGUCAUGAUUUAAAUAUUUAGGUGAAAUAUAUUUUCAAUUAAACCAUGUUGGUUUGGAAUGUUUUAUUUUUCUCUCCUUUUGUCUAAAAUCUAAAUGAGACGAAAAACCUGAAGCAAGUGUGACAAAAAAAAAAAAAAGAAAGUAAGAAAUCUGUGAGGGGUGAAUACUUUUUUCCAGCACCAUACCUAAUCACACUUUUCAUCUCUCCUCCUCUCCUUUUUUAUGUUUAAAUACUGUAUUUUAUUGGAUAAAUAGCUGAUGACACACACGCACAUACAUGCUUAUUCACAUUUAAAUAUAGAAUUUUAUUGGAUGAAUAGCUGAUGACACACACACAUGCUUAUUCAUCCCCUUUCCAGCUGGAGUGUGACUGACAUGUUAAUGAUUAACCAGGGCUAUUGAGGGAAGAGGCAGAGUUCAGUCAGGUAAAAAAGGAACUUCAGCCAUUUUGACCGUACACUCUUCUGCUUAUUUCUCAGCAAUGGAAAAGGAAAGUUAAAAAUCAACUGACAACUCUUCGAGGAAAGCUGUGGAAGAAACAGAGAGAUGGUGACGCUGAACCAUCUGAGUGUAGAAGAUCCAGAUGACGGCGCUCCACUGCUGCCUGUGGCUGCAGAGACUUCAACACUAACAACUGUGUGUCACAAACAACAAGACAUAUUAAAAACGGAGUCCAGGGAAUUUUUCCUAAGCAGGAAGGAGAAUCUUACCACUAGUCUGAUCUUGCUGAUCGGAUUCUACUUGGCGAUUCUGAUUCCUGCAUAUUUCCCCUUAAAUAAUGUGUCAUCAGACAGCGAUGACUACCAGUAUCCCAAAGAUUUGGCCUUACUAAAUCGAUCAGCCCUCCUGCUUUUACGACCAUGCCAGCCUCACUGGGGUCUGGACCACCUCAAGUCGCUGUCCUGUUCUAAAGGCCUUCUGGACAUCCCAGUGUUUGUUCAACAGGACAAACCCAAGGCAUGGAAUCUGACCCCUCCUCUGGGGCUCCAAGGAAGUGAAGAGCAUUUGGCCCUGGCCCUUGCUGCUAUGCCUCAGCCUGGUCUGCCUCCGUCUUUGAGUAAAGAAGACAAGUGCAGGCGAUGUGUGGUGGUGGGAAAUGGAGGCAUUCUUCACGGGAGCCAUCUUGGAUCUCACAUAGAUCAAUAUGAUGUCAUUAUCAGGAUGAAUAAUGCUCCAGUCCCUGGAUUUGAGAGAGACGCUGGGUCACGCACCACCAUUCGCUUGAUGUACCCAGAGGCAGCACCUCACUCGGCCGAUGAGUACAAAAAGACCUCCAUGAUCGCUCUGGUGGCUUUUAAAAGCCUGGACUUGGACUGGCUGACUUCUAUAAUAACCAAGCAGCCUCUGAGCUUCUGGUCCAAAAUGUGGUUCUGGAGGGAGGUAGUUGACGAUAUUCCGCUGAAACCAGAGAGCUUCAAGAUUCUCCAUCCAGAUAUCAUUCACAAGACAGGGCAAGUCAUACAGAGAUAUGCCCAGAAACAGGGAAAUAUGGUGCCAACAUUAGGUGCCAGUGCCGUGGUGAUGGCUCUGCAGAUGUGUGACCAUGUGAGCCUCGCAGGGUUUGGUUAUGACAUGCAACACCCAGAGGCCAGGCUCCACUAUUACGAGGCAAUACGCAUGGGUGCCAUGAAAGCUCAAGUGGUGCACGACGUUAGCGCUGAGAAACUCUUCCUGAGGGAUCUGGUGGCUUCAGGAGCUGUGACUGACCUCACAGGAGCUCUUUGAGUUUUUCUUAUGUCUGCAUGCACUCCCCCUUCUGGUUGGGAGUUUAUUUCCUCUAUUGUAAGCUGUGCACAACACACUCCACACUGCAAAAUUACCUUUAAAAUGCUCCCAGUCUCUAAACAACUAACUUAGCAUUGUUAUGUCAAAGGACUGAUUUUUAGCAGUUAAUUUGAGAACAGUAUCAAUUAUACAGAUGAUAUUUAGAAACAGACUACAUUGUGUGAUGUCCUGAAUGUUCAUGUUCUGUUUUAUGUUUUAAUUUUAUUUGCUAAAGACUCAAUAAAAUAGAGAAUACAACUAUGUUGCUAGUUGUAUUUGUCUACAGGAAAAAAAAAUCCCUCUAAA